GUCGUCGCGGCCAAGUCUGGGGGAGGUUUCACGAUUCUUUCCAAGGACAGAGGACAUGGACGCUGCCGGCUGGAUGAUGUGCGGGUAGUAGGCAAACACACGCCGCAUGCGGGUAGGCACAAGCACCUUGGGGCAAGCGGCGAGGGAGGAGCUGCCGCUGCUGUGGCGGGUGCGGACUGCAGUUUGGCGUUUGGCGCGGCGGCUCUCUCGAUUGUUGUGGGUGCGAGGCUCAGUCAAUGCCAGCGGCACGGCAGCUGCCGGUGACUUCCGGCAUGGGCCGGAUGGCCCCAUUUUCUGGCUGGACCGCCAGCGCUUGCACUCCCUGUCUGACUACGGACGCGACGUGAUGCGCUCCAUUUCGGGCUGGGCGGCGGCGGAGCUGCCAAAGUAUCUCAAGGACAUGGGGAAGCACUGGCAGCCAGCCGACCUGCUCCCAGACAGCUCCUCACCAGAUUUCUUUGACCAGACACAAGGUGUACACACACAAAAGUAACACUUUUGCGGUGUGUGUGAAGGGGCCAAUGACCUUGUAAACUGCCUGUCACGCGUGUGGGGACAGCGUGACAAGCCAAGUGUUUUGGUAAUUUUUUAGGGCGUCUACUUUCCUAGUGCACGGGUUGGCAUUGGGGUGACUUUAAUAUCCAAUGCCCACC